AGAAAAAUCAAGUAGAAAUAGUGACUUUAUGGUGACGAUAAUUUUAAGAGUUGUUAUUUAUCAUUAAAAGACGGUUCCGCCAUUUUUGCAGUUUAUGCACCGAUAUUUAGCAAUUUGGACGAUAAAUACGGCAAGUUAUUAAUAGAUAAGUACAUGUAAUAUUAGAUAAACAUUCGUGAUCCAAAACUUUGUAACUUUAAAAGAAGAAUUGUACUACGAGUUGUGGAAAAUUUGUUGACGUUGCUUCCAAAAAAGAUUUCAAUGGCCUAUCCUGUCGAUUGGUCGGCAUGACUGAAAAAAUACUCUAUCCAGGCGCUGGCGUCAAGAUGGAGCACUUCCAGGCGGCGCUGGACCCUCGCAAGCAGGAGCUCCUGGAGGCUCGCUUUUUGGGCGCCAAGGUGAGUGCCGGGGCCAUACUUGUAGAAGCCCAUCGGGUCACCGAGUUCAAAACGAUGUCAGCUGGGUCACAAAUUCAGAUGGCACCACAAACUACUGUCAACACGGGGCAGCCACUACUUAGUCAGGAUUCCAACAUGAGCACAGGGUCUUCUCAUAGUGAUAAAGAAGUUGAUGCUUUGACCCCGGAAAAAUCUGCUAUGCGAGGAUCAAAUGCUGUCCCAGGCAGUGCACUUGUGCCACCCAGCGGCGCUACACCAACUAUAGCAAUGCCUGAAAGAAAAAGGAAACGGAAAGGUGAAGAGGGUGUAGGAGGAGGAGGGGGUGGCAAGCAGAGACACAACUCUUCAGAUAAGAAUAUCCGGGAGUACUUCUCCAAACACCCCCCAUCCAGCCCUGUGCGGCAUGCCGGAGCCAAGUCUCCGUCCCCGCAGGGGGCCAACUAUCCUAUGGUGAGUCCUAUGUACCCACCGUCACCUUCGUCUUUAUUACCAAUGGGAGCAGAUUUUUUGCGUUCCGCCUCACAACAAAGACCUCAUACUUCUGUAAAACAGUUUCAAACUGAUUUAACGUGUUUGAGGAUACAGGAGUUAGAAACUCAAGCUUCUACUGACUUAGAACUUAAAAAUAAUAAAAUAGAAGAAUUGACAAGAAGUAAUGAAGAAUUAAAGCACCAAGUUCAAGCACAGAACAAGGUCAUAGAUCAACAUAAGUCACAUAUAAAUAAAUGUAUAGAAGUGGUUAAGAAAUUAUUAAAUGAGAAGAGUACUAUUGAAAAGAAAGAGGCUCGUCAGAGGUGUAUGCAAAAUAGAUUAAGGCUGGGUCAGUUUGUGACGCAGCGUGUUGGUGCUACAUUUCAGGAGAAUUGGACUGAUGGUUAUGCAUUUCAAGAACUCACCAGGCGGCAAGAGGAGAUAACGUCUGAGAAGGAGGAAAUCGACCGUCAGAAGAAGCUCCUCCUCAAGAAGAGACCGUCGAACAACGAGGGCGGCGGGGGGAGGGGCAAGCGGGUUAACCCCAACGUCUCCGCGCCGACCACGCCCCAGCCUCAACCUCUGCACAAUGGUACAGACGCUCCUACUUUCCUCAAGCCCGACCCGCUGCCCAGUAUGACUUGGCAGGAGUAUUACGAGGCUGAUGAAAUAUUAAAGUUGAGGCAAAGUGCCUUAAAGAAGGAAGACGCAGAUCUACAAUUAGAAAUGGAAAAAUUAGAAAGAGAAAGAAAUUUGCAUAUAAGAGAAUUAAAAAGGAUACACAAUGAGGACCAAAGUCGUUUUUCGCAGCAUCCUGUGCUCUCUGAUAGAUAUCUAUUGUUAAUGCUUCUCGGAAAGGGUGGCUUUAGUGAAGUACAUAAAGCGUUUGACCUGCGCGAGCAACGGUACACCGCCUGCAAGGUGCACCAGCUGAAUAAAGACUGGAAAGAAGACAAAAAGGCCAACUACAUCAAACAUGCUCUCCGGGAGUACAACAUCCACAAAGCGCUAGAUCACCCCAGAAUUGUUAAGCUGUAUGAUGUGUUUGAAAUUGACGGCAACUCGUUUUGUACAGUCCUCGAAUAUUGCAACGGUCAUGAUCUCGAUUUCUAUUUAAAGCAGCAUAAGACAAUACCUGAGCGUGAAGCUCGGUCCAUCGUGAUGCAAGUGGUUUCAGCAUUGAAAUAUCUGAAUGAGAUCAAACCUCCUGUGAUACAUUACGACCUGAAGCCCGGCAACAUACUGCUGACAGAGGGCAACGUCUGCGGAGAGAUCAAAAUCACAGACUUCGGCCUGUCGAAAGUAAUGGAUGAGGAGAAUUACAAUCCGGACCAUGGUAUGGACCUAACCAGCCAAGGUGCAGGCACUUACUGGUACUUGCCACCAGAGUGCUUCGUAGUCGGCAAGAACCCACCAAAGAUCAGUAGUAAGGUGGACGUGUGGAGCGUAGGUGUUAUCUUCUACCAGUGCCUUUACGGCAAGAAGCCGUUUGGACAUAAUCAGAGCCAGGCGACUAUUCUGGAAGAGAAUACCAUACUGAAGGCGACCGACGUUCAGUUCGCCAAUAAACCCACAGUCAGUAACGAGGCUAAGAGCUUCAUCCGCGCGUGCCUGGCGUACCGCAAGGAGGAGCGCAUCGACGUGUUCGGUCUGGCGCGACACGAGUACCUCCAGCCACCGAUGCCGAAGCCACGCGGUGCGAGCAGCGCGGGCGCAGCGGCGGGCGGCGGCGCGGCGGCGGCGGGCGCGGGUGCGGGCGCCGCCUUCAGCGCGGGCCUGUUCGCCGCCGGCUCGUCGUCCUAGCCGCGCCGCCGCCGCCCGCGCCCGCCGCCGUCGCGACUGUCGCAGUGACGCCGCCGGCCGCCGCGGCCCCCCCGAGCCUCGCGCCCCCGCGCGGGUGGCCGGCCCCAGCGCCCGUGUAAAAUGACUAUAUCGUUUACGGAUACAAUUGUUUAAGAAUAUGCUUACUGUUGACUGUAUUUAUUGAGCAGGUGAUAAAAUGUGAUUUUCCAUUUAUGAAUGGUUUCAUCCUUUUGUCACUAGAGAAGAAUCCUUGGGACUAUCCCUUGCAUAUUAUAUAAGUUAUCCCUAUUAAAAAAGUUAAAAUUAUGA